AUGGAAGCCAGCAACAAGUGGGCGAACUGCGUCAAACGCAUACGCGAGCGCAUAAAGGAGGAGGAAGCGAAACGUCCUCGCACCCAAGUACUGGGGUCACAGCCCACUACCGGCAUACGAAACGCCGCGACGGCACGCGCCGACGCAGCCGACGCCGCCGCGAGACACACGCAGCUUACGGACAGCACCACCGCGCGCCGCGCCGCAGCCAUAAGGGCAGUCAACGCCCACGCCGCAGUCGGGACGACACGCGUCGCCACCAUCCACGACGCCGCAGCGCACAUGAUUAGUGUGCAAACUAGACAGCGGAUAUCCGCUGCCCCUACUGCAGUCGCUGCACCCAGCAGCGUCAUUAACACGUCCUACUACGCCACCACGGCAGGAUCCGCCGUACACGUCGCCGUCAGCACUACGCGCGCUCGAACGGCGCCGACGGCCGCCACACGCCCGACCGUCACGCACACAACAACCGCACAUAUGGCAGCUCGACGAGCCGUCCACUCCCAACAAGUCGCCGGACGCACCGCCGCCUGGGCAGAGGCCGCCGCAAGGGCGCACCCCAUCAAGUGUACCGAAAUAACGCCCGAGUGCAUUCUCGACAGGGUAACGGCCGAUACGCGCAACGCCUUGAUAGUCGCAGCAGAGCGAACCAGCAGUACCGAAGAGAGUUCCACGGGUAGUAACUCAACAGAAUGUG